GAAAUGCGGUGUCAGAUUCACGGUUAGAUCAAAACAAAUAAAGACUAGCUUGUUAGGGACCUCAGAGUUAUCAUUUCUGUCAUCACUCGGAAUCAUAUACGUCUUAAAAUGGAUGAAACGCUUUUUCAGCUAAAGUUCACCUCCAAGCAGCUGGAGAGAUUGGCCAAAAAGGCAGAGAAGGAGUCUGAAAAGGAGCAGGCCAAGGUCAAGAAGGCUCUGCAACAGAAAAACGUGGAAUGUGCCAGAGUUUACGCUGAGAACUCCAUCCGGAAAAAAAAUGAGGGUCUGAAUUGGCUGCGCAUGGCAUCUCGAGUUGACGCGGUGGCCUCUAAAGUCCAGACUGCUGUCACAAUGAAGGCGGUGACCAAAAACAUGGGCCAGGUGACAAAGGCCCUGGACAAAGCCCUGGGCUCCAUGGACCUCCAAAAGGUCUCUGCUGUCAUGGAUAAGUUUGAAACCCAAGUCCAGAACCUCGAUGUGCACACUUCAGUGAUGGAGGACUCCAUGAGCUCUGCAAUGACACUGACCACACCUCAGGAGCAGGUGGAUGGCCUGAUCCACCAAAUAGCAGAGGAGAGUGGUCUGGAGGUUAUGGACCAGCUCAACCAGUUGCCUGCAGGAGCCACUUCGGUGGGCGCAGAGAGCUCACGCAGUCACGAUAAGGAGGACCAGCUUUCUAGACGGUUGGCUGCUCUGCGGAACUGAGAGCUCGUCCGGAGAGAGGUGACGGAGCUUACGGCUGCGUGGAAGCAGACGAACUUAACGACGGCAACAGGAGCUGCCUGUGUUUCUAUUGAACUGUUCGUACCGGGAGGACUUAAUGAGACUAUUGAUUACCAUCCCCCUGUUCUAUAAAUAUACACACACACAAACACACACACACACAAACACAGGAUAGAAAUAUCACUCGAGAAGGCCACUGGUCUCCCUCUGGUUCACCUUCCCCACUUCGAUCCAUCUCUACUAUCUUCCCCUCUAAGUCCCUGUUGUAUCUCAUUUUACCAUUUUCUUUUCUUUCUUUUUUUUCCUCCCGUUUUUUUUCUUCCCAUUUCUCCACCACCACCUCAUCUUCCAUGUGUGACUACACUGUCUAGAUCUCUGAUCACAUGCUCCUCAGAUGUAGUCUUUGUAUAAAAAGAAACACAUUUUACAAACUGUAUAAUGAAGAAAAUGAAAAGGUAGAGUUUUAAUAGGCAGUUAUAGUGAUUAUAAGGGAGUUGGGCGUGCCUGGCUCUUACUAUGAGCAGGGCGGGGUAAAGAUGUUUUUUUUUCUUGUCUUGUUAUCCUUUCGAAAUAGAUUAUUCUGAUUGGAGGAAGGAGCCAGAUAGAUUUGACAGGAGAGAAAUGUUAGUUUUACACUCCAGCAGGGAGUGAACAAUGGUCAAUUUCUUUAAGUUUAAAAUAGACAGUGACACUAACAGACAUAAUCUCCUUCACUCAUCAGAUUCAUCCAGGUGACAAAUACUUCAUGUCAUCAAUACAAUGCUGUACACAACAAAGGACAAUCCUCAGACCUUUUUGUUUCUCUGUGUCAAAAUGAUUUAUUUGUGUUUUCUUUACUGUUAUUCUGAUGUGUUUAUUGAUUAUUACUCAUGCCUGUAUUCAGACUUCUUGCUUUUGAACGCCUUAUUUGGGAUGCAGGUGCUUGCAUAGGUGCCCCACCCCCCACCCCCCCACCCCACGCCAGUGCCUGAAGUAGUGUAGAGAGUAAACAGCCGCAAAGCGAAGCUGAACUCCAUAGACGACGGUCAGAACAAGGAAUUUUCCAUUCCUCCCCCACCCCUGCCAGAACAGACUCAGAUGUUUUUGUCACUGUCUUGCCAACUGCACUUCAACUCUGACUUUGAGUUGCCAGCUCUGGUUGUAAGAGCGGUCAUAGAUGGGCGCUUGUUAUCUCUUUUAUCUGUAGUGUGAAGUUACCUGAUCUCUCGUCUGGAUUUGGAGGUUUAAUUUUAAGGUGUUGGAGCUCUCCCCUGCAACAUUUUGAAGCCUCACUCAGAUAUUUUUGUGGAAGCUUCUCUGGUCUUAAAAUGACAUGAUCAUAUCCACCUGUCUCAGUCACAUUCUGAAUAAUUUCAGUCGUAAAAGAGCAUGGAUGGACAUGCUAGAAUUCCUUUCACAAAUUUACAAGAAUCAGUCGUUCCUGUUGAUUUACCUCCAUAACCACAGUUGUGCGAUUUGGUAAAUGCAGGACUUGAACUGAAUGUGAUUUUAAAAAAUGAGAAUUAAACAUCCAGUGGAAUUUAAAUAAUGUUUUUGAGUAAGAUUGGUUCCUUUCCCCAUUUUUUAUUCCCGACAGCUCUGUAUGAGCCCUGCAUUCAGUUGCCUAUCGAGUGCUUUGACUGGUUUUGAUGUUUCCUUCUUUAAAAGUUGGGUGGAGAGAGCAGGCAGACGGAGAAGCCAGACCUCAGCCUAUGACAGAGCAGCUUCACCUUUGUUGAUAUGUUAACUUUUUUUUUGUCCAUUUUAACUAGGGAGGGUUUAUUUAUACUCAAGCUUCCGCAGACUUUGCAGCACUUUUGUUUUUGUAUAUUUAUCUUGUGGAAUAAAACCUUGCCCUCUGACGCUGUCUUUUGUGUGAUGAGUGCUGGCAGACACUUUAA